UUUAAAUAUAAAGUAAAUUUUAAGCGCAAAAAAAUGGCAUAACAAUAGUAAGUUUAAGUAGCUGCUGAAUUCAAAUUAGUAGUAGUAGGUGAUGGUGCAGUAGGAAAAACAACAUUUGUGAAGAGACAUUUGACAGGAGAGUUCGAAAAGAAAUAUUUAGGUAUAUAUUUAAUUUGAGUGUGUUUUUAGCCACAUAAGGUGUAGAAGUGAGUUAAGUAGUAUUUUAUACAACACAUGGUCCAAUUAGAUUAGUAAUCUGGGAUACUGCAGGAUAGGAGAAAUUAGGAGGACUUAGAGAAGGAUAUUACAUCGGAGCUCAUUGUGCAAUCAUUAUGUUUGAUGUUACAUCAAGAAUCUCUUACAAAAAUGUACCAAAAUGGCAUAAAGAUCUUACUAGAAUCUGUGAAAAUGUUCCAAUUGUCUUAGUUGGUAACAAGGUAUAUCAUAUAUAUAUAUUAUAGGUUGAUUCUAAAGACAGAAAAGUUAAAGCAAGAUAAAUUACAUUCCAUAGAAAAGUUAAUAUUCAAUAUUAUGAUGUUUCAGCCAAAUCUAAUUAUCAAUAUGAAAAGCCCUUCUUAUAUUUAUUGAGAAGAUUGGCCAAGUAUUUUUAUUAUUUAUAAUCUAGUGAUCCCAAUUUGGCAUUAGUCUAAGCUCUUGCUCUCUUACCUCCUGAAAUCCAAAUCGAUCCAUAAUAUGCUGCCUAACUUCAAAAGGAAUAAGAAGAUGCUAUUAAUCAACCUAUCCCAGAUGAAGAAGACGAUGAAUUCAAAUGAUCUUUAAAUGUUCAUACAAUUAUCAUCAUUUCAUAUCACAUAUUAAUA